AUGACAAAAAGAGCAGCGGAAGCAGUGCCUCCUCCAUUGGAGAGCUCUAGAGUUGGACCUGACUUUUUUGGUUACUAUAGAGAUCAAGUAGCAGAGCUCUUGUCUAAGGAAGAGAGGAUCCCAAAUCAUGAACCAAGUGCUACUACUUCUACUGAAGCUAUAGGAGCUAAGUUGUCGAAUCUCAAAAACGAGAAGUUGAAUGCCUUGUUAAGGCAGAGUGUGUGGGAUCUCGUUCCUGAGAUUGAUGAGAUGCAGUCGCGUGCUUGCUCAAUGCACCUAAUGUCUCAAUUGAAAAACAAAAAACCGUCAACGAUUCCCGAGAUUCCCGAGGAUCCUACGUUCAAAGAGGUGGAGGAUGAUAUACAAUUACUUAUGAGGUCUGAUCCUACUCUUGUCAAGGAAAUAGUGAGGAAACUUUCAGAUGAUCUAUUUACCAGACUGGACAACAUGGAGCAGCAACUUGAGAAGCUCCUUGACAAUGUGGUCACCACAUGCAGACCUAUGAGCCGCGGAGAGAAAAGAGAUCUUCAGAAAUCAAUUAAGGAGCUACCUCGAGAAAAUCUUGUACGUGUUGCUGGAAUCAUCAAGAACCGUUAUGCAGCUUUAGGAAAAGAGUUUUCCGAUGAAGUUGUAGUCAACAUGGAGGAGGAAGACAACAUAAUGCUUUGGAGAUUGCAUUACUAUGUCGCAGCGGUUAAAAGUGCACAGGAACUCUCGAGCUGA